ACCUCAUCUGAAUCUGACUGUAUCUCUGACAUUUAUAGAUAUUUAUUAUUGAACUCUUUACAUGUAAGUUCAUUUAAUUAUUAAUUAUGUACAAAUAUGUCGUACAUAAACAAAAGAGGCAGCGCUUAACGUUCAAACAAAAGUGUGAGCUUUUAGACAAAGUGAAAGCCGGUACCUCAAAACAAGACGUUUUACAGAAAUAUGGUAUCUCUGAUUUUACGUACAGGAGAUUGUUAGCUCGCGAAGCUGAUUUGAGCAAUAAGUUUAAAAAUUAUGAAUAUCAGAACAAGAAAUCGUCGAAAACAAGUAAUGAUGUGCUUUUGGAUGCUGCUGUCUUCGAGUGGUUUAAGCAAGCGAGAGAAAGAGGUGACCCAAUGUCCGGGCCGAUCAUUAAAGAGAAAGCUCUCAUUUUGAACGAAAAGUUAAACGGCCCUAAAACGUUUAAAGCAAGCACUGGUUGGCUCGAUGGUUUCAAGAAACGGUACGGUAUUCGUUUGAAAGAAGAGAAAUUGUCAAACGAUCCUUCAGGUGCUUCAGAAUUUUCCCCAAUUUUCAAAGCUAAAAUUGAAUUUGAAAAUUUAAAACCAGACAACAUUUACAAUGCAGACGAAUCAGGAAUUCUAUGGCGACUAUUGACGGCCUGCACUUUUGCUCUGCAGUUAGAAGAAGAAGAAGCUUCGAAAAUAAAAGAAUGCAAAGAUCGUGUCACAGCUUUAUUUUGUGCCAAUGCCUCUGGAAGUCAUCGAAUUCCACUUUUGAUAAUUGGAAAAUCUGAAACUCCAAGAUCUCUCGACAAUCUAGUUACCAAAAAUUCAGAAGAUCUACGAUUAAAAAACUUGGAAAGUCUCGGUGUAAUCUACACACACCAGACAAGUGCGUGGAUGGACAGAUGUAUAUUCAUGCUAUGGUACAAGGAUGUGUUUAUUCCGCGAGUUUUAGAACGUCAAAGAAGGGAUGGAAUAACGGGAAAGGUUGUUUUACUCCUCGAUUCUGCUCCAUCCCACCCGAGUUUGGAUGAACUGAACGCGAUAAACGAAAACUUUGAAGUCUUAUAUUUGCCUCCCAAUGCGACAGAGUUGAUUCAACCCAUGGAUCAAGGAUUGAUCGCGACGAUAAAAAAACUGUACAAGAAAGAUUUGUUGAAACGCCUAUUGCUCCGUGGAAAAUCAGAAGAAGCUGUUCAGUUUUUAAAAGGAUUGGACCUUGCGGAUUUCUUUGGCAUGCUCUGCCUCGCGUGGAACGCUUUGACAUUAUCUGAUCUUCAAAGAGCAUGGAAACCGCUCUUAGGGGAAUCUCUUCAUCAGCUAGAAGAAGAAGAAGAAGAAGAAGAAGAAGAGGACCCUCUAUCCAUCGAUGAUGUAGUUUUCAGCGAAUCGGAAUUCCCAACUGGUUUGAUUAGUUUUCCGCAUGAAAUUUGUGAUCAAGUUUCUGAACUGUUGUCGGGGCCAGAUUAUUCUGUUGAAGAAUCAAGAGAAUUUCUUCUGAAAUGGUUUGAAAAUGAUCACAAUGAUAGCGAUUGCGGUUGGGAGUCAUCAUCGGACAGUGAUAUUGUAAACUUAGUGAAAAAUGGUAGACGUGAUCCUGAAAUUGCAACUAAAAUUGGAAAGAGCGAAACUAUGUUUGAAAAUCCUGAUACUCUAAACUUUGUUACAUGUGGUAGACUCGAGUCUGAAAUUGUAACUAAAAUCGAAAACAGCGAAAAUAUUUUUGGAAAUCCUGAUAUCAUAAACUUUGUUAAAAACGAGAGAGGCGAGUCUGAAGUUGUAACUAAACACGCAAACAGCGAAGCUAUGAUUGACAAUAAUGAACUUGUGGAACUAAUGUCGUCAGAGGGCGAGCCUGAAAUUAUAACUAAAAUUGAAAACAGCGAAGCUCUGUUUGAAAAUCCUGAUAUUAUAAAUUUUGUUACAAAUGUUGGACGCGAGCCUGAAAUCAUAACUAAAAUUGAAAACAGCGAAACAAUGUUUGAUAAUACUGAAUCUAUGGAAAUAACAUCGUCAGAGGCUCUCGGCUGCCUUGUGAAGCUUAAAAAUUGGGCGAAAUCGCAAGCGGAAUGCUUACCGAAACACCUGGAUUACAUCAGAGAAUUAGAGAACUUGAUAACUGAACGUAAGGUAUGUAAGCUGGCACAGCACUACUGAGUCUGGAGAAAGAAGCGGCGGAGCCUUUUUGCUCUAGGUGGGGCCAGGAGAAUAAACUUAUAAUAUUGGAUGACACACUUUGUACAUAGUGUACUAAAUACCAAUUGUACAUAAACAGUAGUAAAUGAACAAUAAAUAGUACAUAAUAAUAAAUAUAGGUAUAGAAUU